GCAUCGGUGCUUACACCCAACCGUUACUUCAAUCUUGUGUAGCUUAGAAUAGCGGCAGCCACAAAUAACACAUAGCAGGCAUGUCGUGUCAAGCAGCGACGCGAGAGCUCACGGCCGAGGCGCUCUUCGAAGGCCUUCUGCGCCUUCCUCCUUUCCACUACGCUCACCUGACAAACGAGAACACCAACACCACGGAGCUUAUCCUCGGCCCGAUGACGCGACCCAUCGCGUCGCACGAGACGAUCACGCAGCCACCGACAAGUUUUGUCAUUUUACGCCCCACGCAGUUCUGCCGCAUCGCCAAUCCACACCGCACCGCUGUGAACCCCGCCACCGGUGCGGUGGAGCCGGUGAGGGACGCCUAUGGGCAGGUGGAGGUGCACUCGGGCGAGGAGGAGUACCGCUGGCACGUCGCUCCCUUCCCUUUGUACCCUGAGGAGCGUCUUGUGGAGGUGGCGGAGUUGAGAGUGCUGUCUGCCACAGAGGCGUUGCAGAUUGUGGCGUUGGCGGCCUACGACGCGCAGCCGAGUGGGGCACACUCCUCUGUGUCGUCUUCGCCCGCCUCGGCCUCCGGCGUGCAGCGGCGCGAGGCCGGCGAACGGUUUUUGUUCUACGGUCCGGGCACCUACUAUCCCCGGGUGGAGGAGCGAGUGGAGGAGGUAGUGUCUGGACGUGUCGUGAACCGCGGGACAGGACUGUGGUGCCGCACUUCGGAGACCUUUACUGAUCGCGACACGGGGAUUGAGCACUACGUGGGCGAGCAGUACGUGCGUUUGAAGGAAGGGAUGUGCUUUCUGGAGUCCUUUGAAGCAUAUCUCUCUACGCAGGAAGGUACGGCGCUGACGAAGGAGGAUGGCCUCCACGUGAAAGCUGUGAAGGCGUACACCGACCCACGCUCGCCGUACUGCGAGCAACGCGUAGUGCGCAAGGCGGGCGAGGUGUUCCUCGUGACAGGUGAGACGUGCCCGUGCUUUGUGCCGCACCCUUACGAUCGAGUGCUGAAGCGCAUUCGACGAACGUACCUUUCUGCCUCGCAGUACGCCGUCGUGCUCGACUCUGCCGUCGGGACUGGCCCGAACGCUGCCAAGGCACGCAAGGUGGUCACCAACACCUCCUUUUUCCUGAAGCCGAGUGAGAAGCUAGAGAGCGGACGCUGCCGCAAUGCCUUCCUGCUGUCCGAGCACCAAGCCGUGUUGGUCGCUGCCACCGGCAACUUCACGGACCUCAGCGGCGACCCAUCCGUGGAGCGCUACGAGGGCGACCGGUGGCUGGUGCGCGGCCCGUGCUCCUUCAUCCCUAACGAUUUCAUGCAGGUUGUGCCCGAUGCCAAGACGAAGGCGGAGGUGCGCUGCCGCUACUUGCUAGGCGAAAAAGAGGGUCUCUACGUGCGCGACACUGUCACGGGCGUCGUGCGGUGCGUCCCUGGUCCCUGCAGUUACAUGCUGGCGGCCGAGGAGGAGCUGUGGGAGAAGCCGCUCUCCGCGCAGGUGGAGCGCCACCUCGCCCAACUCAUCAGCCACAGCGCAUACAUCGAGCAGGAGGGCGAUCGGCCGCGUGCCGCGCUGCACGGGCAAACGGACCGCGCCGUCACGUACUCUACUCCGCAUCGCAGCGUGACGCAGCUUUUUAACUACAAGACUCAGGUGACCCGCAUUGUUUUCGGGCCGGACCGGGUGCUGCUGGAGCCGGACGAGGCCUUCACCGUCGUCUCGCUCUCCGGCUCGCCGUGGGACCCGGCGAAUCCCAACAAGUGUCUUCCGAAGCAGCCGAACCACAUCACCGCCCUGCACCUCUUUCUCGGGCCGUCCAACAUGACUGAUGUCGUCCACGUCGAGACACGCGACCACGCCCAGUUGGCGCUGCAGCUCUGCUACGACUGGUACUUCGACGUCGCCCGCGGCGACACGCCCACGGCGAAGCAGUGCUUCAGCGUCAACGAUUUCGUAGGGGACUGCUGCUCCUACAUCGCCAGCCGCAUCCGCGCUGCCGUCGCCUCGAUGCCGUUUGAGGAGUUCCACAAGAACAGCAGCCGCUGCCUGCGCAACGCCGUUUUUGGCGUGCACCCCGAGACGGGGCUGCCGAAGGAGGUGCUGCGCUUCCCUUCGAACCACCUCGUCAUCACGUCGGUCGACACGCAGGAGAUGGAGGUGCUGGACGAGCGCACGCGGCAGGGACUGCAAAAGUCCGUGAAGAUGGCGAUUGAAAUUACCACUCGCGCGCAGGAGGCGGAGGCGCAGCAGGUGGCCAUGACCCGCGAGCAGCAGGCGCACGGCCGGCUGGAGCGGCAGCGGAUGCAGGACCAGGUCGCGAACGAGGCGCAGCGCCGUGUGCUGCUGAGCGCCGAGAGCAGCGGGCUGUCCAUUGUGAGCAUGGGCAAGUCCAGAGCCGUCGCCGAGGCUCUGUCGACGGCCUCGUGCAUUGAGGGGGAGGCGGCGCUGGAGGCCGCCAGCGUGCGCGCCGCCAAGGAGCAACUUCUGUACACGACCAUGGCGGAAAUGCAACAACGAAAGAAGCAGCUGCUGGCGGAGCAGGAAGCGAGGGUGGCGGCGAUGACGCAAAAAUACGACAGGGAGAUGCGAGAGAUCCACCACACGCUGAUGGGCGCUGUUGUGGCCGCGCUCGGGCCUGACACGAUCGCGGAGAUGGCCCGCGCCGGCCCGGAGCUGCAAGCGAAGCUCCUCGCGAGUUUAGGCUUGGAAGGCUACCUCGUGACGGACGGCAGCUCCCCGAUCAACCUCUUCAAGGCUGCUGAUGGCAUGGUGGGUCACUGA